AAUGCUCAUCACACUAUGCAGCCGUGUUCUAUCACAGCUGCAUGGUGUGAUACUGCUCUGGUGUUGACGGAUUCCCUGGUGUCCGGCAGUGUGAAGCCGUUCCCCGGCGGCGGGUACAAGGGCGUGGGCGGCGUGGGGUCGGUGGGGGGCGCGGCGGACGUGGCGCCGCCGCCGCCCUGGGAGGGGCGCGCCAUCGCCACGCACAAGCUCAGGCUCGUCGAGUUCUCCGCCUUCGUCGAGCAUCCGCGCGACCCUGACACGUAUCCGCCGAGUACGGCGCCAGUUCAACACUUAUUUGUGCACAUAGGCGGAACUGUGACAUACGCAGAUCCGUUAUUAGAGUCGGUAGAUGUUCAGCAGAUUAAUGAUAAGUUCCCGGAGAAGAAGGGUGGUCUCAAAGAGUUGUACGAGAAGGGCCCGAGGAACGCGUUCUUCCUGGUCAAGUUCUGGGCGGACCUCAACACGAAUAACCUGGACGAUCCAGGCGCGUUCUACGGAGUCACCAGUGUAUACGAAAGCAACGAGAACAUGACAAUAACAUGCAGCACGAAAGUGUGUUCGUUCGGCAAGCAAGUCGUGGAGAAGGUGGAGACGGAGUACGCGCGGUUCGAGGGCGGCCGCUUCGUGUACCGCAUCCACAGGUCGCCCAUGUGCGAGUACAUGGUCAACUUCAUCCACAAACUCAAACACCUGCCCGAGAAGUACAUGAUGAACAGCGUCUUGGAAAACUUCACAAUACUGCAGGUGGUGUCAAACAGAGACACUCAAGAGACGCUGUUGUGCGCGGCGUUCGUGUUCGAGGUCUCCAACAGCGAACACGGCGCGCAGCACCACAUCUACAGGCUCGUCAAGGAUUGAACCCGCACCACCACACCACACCACACCCACUGGACUGCGCCGGACAGAGACGAUACAACAAAACAAUUAAUGGAUAGGUAUUUGUUGACAAUAUCGAAGUUUUGAAUUGCAACAACAAGGGACGUUAACCGUCAUAUGUUCGAAAUUUUGAAUUUGGAAUAAAUGUGUGGUUACCCUGAAUAUAAACUCGAGUGAAGUUAGCAACACAAUUACCAUUGUAGGUAAUCUUGAUACUUUACCUGCUUGGAUGAGAUGUGGGUGAUGCAGGCAAAUUGACAAUGUGUGAUGGUGAAAUAUACUAGAUGUGAAAUCGAUAAGGCUCUGGAUUAUCAACAACACCAUUGAGGAAUAUCCUUAUAAACGAAAGGAAAUGCCUGUUCGUCUUCAUCUUGGUAUUUGUCAAGUGAAAAGUGGCUCCAAAUUGAGUAUAAGUGUAUACACACUAUACAUAUUUUUGUAACGUCUCGUCUCUCGCAGUUUGGAUGUUGCGCAAGUUUGUUCUCACGUUAUUUUCAUCCGCACGUAGUAACUUUAUCGACAGAUAAAGAACGUUUGUUAUCGACAUAGUGACGAGAACGUAAUAUAGAAAAAUGUGAUCUGAAAAUUACGCCACAAGUAUUUUUGUAACUGAAUGUUUAAUGUAUAGCUCAAUUUUGAAUAACCUAUCGUAGUGAACUGAUUAUUUUCUUUCGGAUUAGUCAUGUUAUUGUUUUAGAUUUUUUUUCAUAUUGUUUUUUUUUUAUUUCUUCAUAAAUCGUUCCCUUUUUACUCAUUUUUAGUGUUUAUGUUUUCUUUUAAGAAAACAAGGAAGUAACAAUAAUUAAAGUUUUUACAUUAUUCAUAAAAAUAUGAACGUUGUUCAAUAUACAUAAAUUGCGUGUAAAAUAAUGUCAAAUAAGAAAAUAUAGAAUUGAAUACACACAGUGCCUCUAUAAUUAUGUUACAUUAACAUAAAUUGAGCGUAUUUAGUCUUUCCACUGUGUUUCAAUCAAAUUGUUUGACAGGGAAGGCGGCAGUGGAAAGAUUAAACAUUAGUGUAGUGUACCGUGAAACAUAAAUAGUUUUAAUAAGUAUAUUAUUGUAAGGAGAUGUCUUCUAUCUUUAUAGUCCAUCCUGUUGGAACUGUUUUAUUCGCUUGUUAACUUUCUCUAAACCAGUCCAAACUCGAACUGUCUCUCACUAACCCUCGUGGCAUCUUUCGUUUUGUUUAAACAUCGCUUUGUAUGGUUCUUGUAACGUUUAGGUAUUAUUGAGUGGUAGCAUUUUUGUUAUGGAUUUUUAGUAUUUUUUGCCAGAUAAUUUUACUAUUGCAAUCUUUGCCACAUGAAAUUAUUAUUUAAGGACAUAUUGUACCUAAAUGUACAUAUUUUAAUGUAACAAACGUACGUUAGAGAGCUCAUGUGUUCACAUGGUCUGCCAGACAUAUUGUGAAAUAAAAUGGUAUCAUACGACAAAAUAGAAAUUCGAUUUAUUGUGCAAAACGCGUGUACAUAUCUCCAUUUAAACAUAUUCUAAAAUAUACAACACUUAUUUCUGGAUACAUAUUUUAGGCGUCUCCCCGGCAGCUGUCUUUACGUGUAAGUAGUAUGUUUCCGUUGAACAGAUGGCGUCCCUCGGCAUUCGGUAAAUCGUCUAUUUAAAUGUUUUAUGAACUUGAACUGCAGCAACCAUGGUCGAUCUUUCGCUUUCAAUUCUUAAAGUACAAAUUGUGUAUACCACAAUACAGGACACGGCUUGGUUAUACAAUAAGUGUUUUCGUGGCAAUGAUUUGAUCUCUCUUUUAGUCAAAUAUUUUUAGGGCCCUCCCGUUGUCGCGUUCGCGUGCGCUCAUUUAAAUUUAACGUGCUGUUAAGUUUAUUGUGCAUUAAAUAGCGUUUAGUUUCAAGACAUGAGGUAGGCAAAUAUUAUCUUAGACGAUAAUAAAAUAAUAAUAAGGAGAUUUUUUUGUAUUUAUUUGAUAGAGUUAUAUUAGAUAAAUUGUAAAGUGCAUAGCUUUAAGGUUUUUUUUUUUAAAUAUGGCGAUGGUCGUACGAGAAAUUAUAGGUGAGGUGGUCACUUAGUACUUAAGAGGAAACACUUAAUUUUUGUUGCAAUUAUAGAUUUUUAAAGUUUUCAAAUCUAUUUUGUAUUAAUUGGUUAUGUACCAUUAGUGGUAUCAAAGCGAGUAAACAACGUGUUCAAUUGACGUUAGAAGCAAAAGAGAUCUGCUACGUUGUGAUUUUAUACUUUAUAAUGUUAUUAUUAUGUACUCAGAUGAGAUUAAUCGACUCUUUUGCUAUGUAAGUUGACUUAUGUGAAAUGGUUUCCUGGCAAUAUUCAUUUGUGACAAUAGUGUUGUGUAAAUACAUUUUAGUGCAUUUCUUUUCAGUUAUAGCGUUCUAAGCGAUUUAUGCUUCUAAACAAGUCUUUCAUAUCGACAAUCUGCCAUAUCAAAAUGAGAAUAUUAAAAUAUAGUCGGCCAUGUUGGGGAGAAUCAUCGGCGCGUGCUAUCUUACUUUUGUUUUGUUUCGUUUUCAACAAGAUACCGAAUGAUUUCCCACAACAGGAGCCGACAGUGUACAGUAUUUUAAAGAUAAUACUAUGUUAAAGAUUUGUAUGAAAAUUUAAUUAUAUUGUCUUCAUAAAA